AUGUUUUGCGGGGGGUGGUGGCGGGAUAGGCAUUCCAGCAAGCAUUCCCUCUCCGCUCAAGCAGAAUUGAUUGACAGCAAGCCAAGCAACCAAGAAGGGGGACGAGCAAUGGUGUGGAAAACGCAGAUUAGCUUUCUGGAUUCAACAGCAGGAGAGAAGCAUUCCAGCUCACUUUACUCGCACGCAUUUGCUUGUUCUGGCGAAGCGGCUUCGGUAGAGGUCACAGAUCCUUUCGAGACUAUAGAUAGUGCAGUUGACGCUGAGUCUUUCGGACCGCACAUUGACGUCUCUUCUUCCGGCGGCGGUGGAAUCGGCGUCGUACCUGGCGGUCCGCCAAGCGUACCUCGUGUGGCGCAGCUGCGAGGGGCGAGCGACGACGCUGCGACGCAGGCGAGCAGCGCCGUCGCCACAGGCGUCAGCCCGCACGUCGCACGGCUGUAUCUCCUGUCGCGGAAGAACUCUCGCGCGCGGUGCUUGGACGGCAGUCCUGCUGGAUACUACCUGCGACGCGGGUUCGGCAGCGGUGCCAACAACUGGAUCAUGAUUCUUGAGGCUGGAGGGUGGUGUUUCAACGCCAAAUCGUGCGCGAACCGAGCCAAGGGGCCCCUCGGAAGCUCCAAGAAAUGGCCGCCGACCAGUGACGUGAAAUAUGGCGGCGUGGGCAGCACGGACAGCGCCGUGAAUCCCGCGUUCUACAACUGGAACCUGGUGCUCGUCAAGUACUGCGACGGCAGCUCCUUCACCGGCGGCUACGGCAAGCUGCCGCCAAACUCGGAGACGGGGCGCACAUUAUACUUCCGUGGGCACUGGAACCUGCAGGGCACGCUGCAAGACCUGCUGGCUCGGCAAGGGCUGAACGCGGGCAAGCAAAUGCUGGUGGGCGGCUGCAGUGCGGGCGGCGUUGCAACGUCAAUCAAAUGCGAUCAGAUCUCAAGGUGGCUGGCCAACUACAACAUCACCACCAAGUGCUUCAUGGAUGGAGGCUACUUUCCCGACGUGGCGGAUAAGGACGGGCAGUACAGUAUGCGGCAGAAGGUGCAGCAGAUGGCUGGCGUGCAUGACAUGGGACGCAUAGGGAUCAACGCUGAGUGCAAGCGAGCCAUGAAGAAGACCAACGAAACAUGGAAGUGCUUCUUUCCGGAGUACAAUCUGCAAUUCGCGCGCUCUCCAAUGCUCAUUGUCAACUCCUUGUCGGAUUACAAAGCCAUCAGUUUGACCCUCGCACCCAGGCCCAAGGGUACCCAGGACCCUCUGCUUCGGUGCCUCCGCUCCAGCUACCGGAGCUGCACUCCUGGCCAGGUGAAGCUGCUCCAGUCCUUUUCUGCCAAAUGCUCGCAAAGCAGCAGCAGAGGACAAGCUCGACGUAAUUUCACUUCGCUGAAAGUCAGCUCCGUUCUUGAGGUUCCGAGUAGCCUUGAAGGUUCCUUCCCACCUGUUGUGUUCCCGACACCUGAUGAGGGUGGGUCAACCGCGACAAGGUGGAAGGUCCUUCCAGACAUUUGGCCAACUCUCACGGAGCAGUAUGGCGACAAGAUCGCUCUUUUCGAUCCGCAUCACGGACAAAAGCGAGGCUUGACGUUUUCGGAGCUCGAGAGUGCAAUUAAUGAUUUUGGCGAAGGUCUUCGUGUCUAUGGGCUGAAGCAGGGAGAGUGCGCCGCGCUGUUUGCUGAGAACUCGCACCGAUGGCUUAUCGCUGAUCAAGGCGUGAUGGAUAUUGGUGCUCGUGACGCUGUUCGAGGAGCGAAGUCCUCAGGAACGGAAUUAUUCCACAUUUUGGAAAACUCGGACAGUACCGCUGUCAUCGUGGACAACGUAGAGGUUCUUGAGCACAUUGCGCCUUUCCUCGAAACUUCUUCAGUGAAAGACGUUGUCAAGUUUGCAGUUGUCCUUUGGCCUCCAGUGGUCUCGGCUGCUGGGAGUGCCAGCAGGCUCACGCAUGAUGCUCUGUCGCGCGCAGCGCCUCGUCCAGCCUCCAGGCCUGAUGAUGUGGCAACAUUGGUGUACACUUCUGGGACGACCGGGAAUCCCAAGGGAGUGAUGCUCACACACAGCAACCUGAUGCAUCAGGUAAACAACUUUGAUUGUGUCCUGACGCCCAAUGCUGGUGAUGUCACGUUGAGCCUGCUACCCCCAUGGCACAUGUACGAACGCUCAUGCGAGUACUUUCUACUGAGCCGUGGCGUCCAGCUCGUCUACAGCAAUGUCAAGUCAUUCAAGGAAGAUUUGAUGAAACACCCUCCGGACUACUUUGUGGCUGUUCCACUUGUCUUUGAAGUUCUAUACAGUGGAGUCCAGAAGAAGCUUGCUGCAGCAUCUGGUGCCAGAGCAGCAAUUGCCAAGUUUCUGAUAAAAGUCUGCGCUCUUCACAAGGAAGCUCUGCGCAUCUGGACAGGAAUGGCUGUCCUCCGCUCACGUGAAAACGUUCAGGGGUUGAUGUUCAUGAAGGCUGUGGCAGAAUGCCUGGGAGCUGGGCUGUUGGCGCUGGUGCUGCUGCCACUCCACCUUCUAGCUGAGAAGCUUUUGUACACUAAGGUCAAAGCUGCGAUUGGCAUAAAGAAGGCAGCUGUGAGUGGUGGCGGCAGCUUGCCAUCACAUGUGGACAAAUUCUUUGAGCAAGUUGGGAUCACUCUGCUCAAUGGAUAUGGCCUCACAGAGACUUCUCCUGUGCUGACAUGCCGGCGAAGUUACAACAACGCAUUGGGAAGCAUUGGGAGUCCCGUCCCAGAAACAGAAAUAAAGAUUGUGGACCUGGAGACGGGAGUUGGUCUCCCUGCAGGCCAGCGAGGGCUGGUCAAGGCACGUGGCCCCCAAGUGAUGAAGGGCUACUACAAGAACCCGGCGGCCACAGCAAUGGCAAUUGACAAGGAUGGUUGGUUCUCAACGGGCGACCUUGGAUGGAUCUCUCCUUUGACUCCUGUUGGCGCUGCACGGAAUGCUGGAGGCCUUCUGGUCCUUGACGGCCGAGCAAAGGAUACCAUUGUUCUUGCCAGUGGUGAAAAUGUGGAGCCUGCGUUUGUCGAGGAGGCUGCACUUAGCAGCCCUGUCAUCCGCCAAAUAAUGCUCGUCGGUCAGGUACAGCAUGGAUGCAGCAUGGGUACAGCAUGUGACGAGAGAAAGCUUGGAGCGCUGAUUGUGGUGAAUGAGGAGGAGAUGGAGGCUGCAGUGGCAAGCAUGAGAGCAGAGAAGGGGAUGGAGGGAGGCGAGGUGACAGAAAAGGAGCAGAGGACUAUUAUUCGACAAGAGCUCACCCGCUGUUUAGCGGAGGCAGGUUGUUUGGCACAUGAGCGGGUUGGUCCGUUCGCACUCCUCGACGAACCAUUCACAGUGGACAAUGGUCUUCUCACUGCAACGAUGAAGAUGCGGCGUGACGUGAUCUAUGACAGGUACAAGGAGCUUUGUAAUAAGCUUUUCCAGCACUAG